AUGCAAAACGAACAGCUUAACGAAUUUACACCAGCUGAACAUAUCCAUCAAAUUCGUUCAUAUUUUGAUGUAAUCGAUAAUGCAAUUAAUAUUGGUGAUACUAAUAGAAGAUAUAUCGAUGCAAAAAUUCCAUCACAACCAGGAAGCGCAAAGGAUCAUAACUGGGUCACAUUCAAUUUAUCUCCGCCAGGUGAAAAUAUGCUAGACCUUUAUAACACAUUCCUUACAACUACCUAUAAAAGUAAAUAUAUCCUGGAUAAAGCUAUUACUGGUUCAUCAAUUCCAAAUACUAAUUCUCCAGGUUUCUUUGGCGUUUUUGAUGAAUCAAUUUACACCAUUGAAGCAUAUCAGUUAUUAGCAAAUGGAAGAGUUAUUUAUAGUCAGGAUAACGCAAGAGAAGAAGCAUAUAUCAUUUCUAAUUCACAGACUACAGAACAAAUAAAGAAAGUUGAUGUUUUCUCAAAAACGAGACAUAAAGAUGUAUGGAAACGUUCUGGAACAGUUCGAACAGGUCAAAUUAUCUCAGGACCUUUAGCUGCAGGAGCUGAAAUUAAUUUUGACAUUAAAAUAAAGAUUCCAUGUCGUAAAUUCCUUAUUCUAGAAGUUAUUAGAUUUAUUCCUGCUUUUGCAGGCAACAUUCAGUUAAAGGUUAAAUUUAGUAGCGAUGCAUUCCAGGUAACAGCACUGCCGGUAGAAGAUAUUUUAGCUCAUAAUCCUUCUUUAAUCAGUCAGGUAAAAGAUAAUUAUGACCCACCAACUAAUAAAUUUGUUCCAUGGAAUGAACCAUUCAAUAUGAUAACAGCAGUUUCUAAAUCAAAUGGUGAAAUUACUGUUUCAACAGUUGAACAAAGAUUAACGAAGAAAUCAGCUGAAUUCAUUGAUUGCUUCAUUCAUCCUAAAGCAUUUUCACUCGAUCCAAAUAUUUACACUGAAUUAGUCGAUCAUUAUACAUCACAAGCUUUAUGUUUUCCAAUUAAAGUAAUGGACUGGAUUCCUAUGGACGGUUCGUUCAGUAAAGGUUCACCAUCAGCAACUUUCACAGCAGCUUAUACACCAAUUAACGUUAAAAGCAUUUGGGCUUUAUUUAGGAAGAAUGAUAAUUAUAUCGUGAAUUUCGAAAAUCCUCAAUUUGAAACCCUUCAAUUAUCAAUGGGCGCUUAUGGAAGUAUGCCAGCUGAACCCGAAAGCUCUUAUGGUCCUGUGUUCUAUGAAAUGGUUGCUAAUGCAUGCAAUACAAAUAACGAUAUGAUAGGAUUUAAUGAAGAUGUGAUGAGGUCGUUAAUUGAUGAUGGAAGCGUUAAACAUUUAUAUGAAUCAUACGAUAACACUCAUUUCCUCUGUGGAUUCCCUACGGAAACUGAUUUCACAUUUCAACAGGGUCAAACAUCAACGGCACCAAUUACAUAUAAAUUAGGUGUUAAAGCUGAUGAUACAAAUAUAAGCGAAAAAUACACUGUCAAACCUUUAUUAGGAUUUCUUAGAAAUGCUUGUUUCGCUAUUCAAGUCAGACCAGCUGGCAUUCCUGCUGUUAGAAUUGAUGAUUAUAAUUUAGCUGCUGAUGGAGGUGAAGAGUAA